AUUUAGUCUACUCUGUAUGAAAUUAACAUGCAAAAUAUGUCAGGAUUAUAUACUGUAAAGAUGGAUAACUCAACGACGUAAUACAAUAAAACUAAUCCAUUUAUUUUUUAAACGUGCUAGAGAUUUAAUUAUAUUGUGUGCAUAUUCAAUCAAUUGGACUAUCCAUAAGUUUGGAUUAAUGGAUUUACUAAAAUUUUGAAUGGUAAUUGGGUUAGAUAUUAUUUCCCCCGAAAUUCCAAGUUUCCAACCCCUUUAACACCCAACUAAAAAAACCUACCAUAAAACAAACAAAAAGAUAGGGGAAAAAAAAAAAAAAAGAAAUUACCGUUUUGAAAAACAAAUAAAACUUGAAGAAAAAAAUGAAAUCCUGGUUGAUUAAUGGCAAGCUUGAUGAUUCUACCAACAAUAGUGAACCCAGUUCCUACUAAUUCAUUCUUCAUUUUGGUUUGAUUGCUGAUUUUCUCUAUCCUCAUUUGCUUCAAUUUGUUAAUUUUGAUUUGAUCAUCGAAUUUCUCUUCCGCAAGACGAUCUCUCCGUCAUUUCAGAAGGGGUUCACAAAUGGCUACUAAGCCGGAAAACAAUUCAAUUCCCAAUCCUACACUUUCCUCUCAAUCUUCUGGUCAAGUUCAUGCAUCUGUUGAUUCUGAAGUUGAUCCAAACUCUUACUUGCUUGAGAAAUUCAAACUUUAUGAAACUCGAGCGAGGUUUUAUCUUAUCGGGAGUGAUCGUAACAAGAGAUUCUUCCGAGUAUUGAAGAUUGAUCGAUGCGAGCCAUCAGAAUUGAACAUCAGUGAAGAUCCAGUGGUGUAUUCACCACAGGAGGUGAAGAACUUGUUGCAGAGGAUUGCAGAGGGUAAUCGGGCUACUGGAGGCUUGACUUUUGUUGCAAAGGUCUAUGGCGUUGCUGGUUGUAUAAAAUUUAUGGAGUCUUAUUAUUUGAUUUUGGUCACCAAGCGCCGGCAAAUUGGGUGUAUAUGUGGGCAUGCUGUUUAUGCUAUUGAUGAAAGCCAGAUGAUUACAAUUCCUCAUGCGUCUGUUCAGACUGAUGUUGCAUAUUCUAAGACAGAGUUGAGGUACAAGAAGCUUCUGUCAAGUGUUGACUUGACAAAGGAUUUCUUUUACAGCUAUACAUACCCAAUCAUGCAAAGCUUGCAAAGAAAUGUGCAGUUCAAGGAUUCGGUUGGAAUUCAUUAUGACAGCAGAUUUGUGUGGAAUUCAUACUUGACUGAAGCUGUUCGCACAAGAUGCAAAAAUAAUAUUUGGACUGUUGCAUUGGUUCAUGGGCACUUUAAGCAAAUGAGGAUGUCAAUUUUUGGACGUGAUUUCAGUAUUGCUUUGGUGUCUAGACGGUCUCGUCAUUUUGCAGGGACUAGGUACUUAAAAAGGGGAGUAAAUGAUAGGGGAAGGGUAGCAAAUGAUGUUGAAACAGAACAAAUUGUGCUUGAUGAAGAUGCUGGUUCAUGUAAGGGGAAAAUGAGUUCUGUUGUGCAGAUGCGGGGUUCUAUUCCUCUUUUCUGGUCCCAAGAGGCUUCAAGAUUCAGUCCAAAGCCAGAUAUAAUUUUGCAGAGAUAUGAUCCUACUUAUGAGGCGACCAGAUUGCAUUUUGAAGACCUUGUUGAGAGAUAUGGAAAUCCUAUAAUCGUGCUUAACCUAAUUAAGACUGUUGAGAAAAGACCCAGAGAAAUGAUGCUUCGACGUGAGUUUGCAAAUGCAGUUACAUAUCUAAAUGAGAUUUUUUCUGAAGAAAAGUAUCUUACUUUUAUUCACUGGGACUUCCAUAAAUUUGCAAAGACGAAGACUGCUAAUGUUUUGGGAGUUUUAGCUAGUGUAGCCAGUCAAACACUUGAUAGGACUGGAUUUUACUUCAGUGGAAAAGCACCUGUUGUGAAAAAAAGAGCUACUCCAUUAAGCAGAACUGGUACUCUAAGCUCUAGGGAUGCUCCUUUAAAUGAUCUUAGAGCCAAUUCUGGAUCCCUUGCAAGAAGUGCAAGCACCAAUGAAUUGAUUACUUCUUCAAAUAGAGAGCGAGAUUCUGAUGCUGGCAAGCUUGUCAAGAAAGAUUUAUAUAAUGGUAUUGAACCACGUUAUCAGAGUGGAGUCCUUCGGACUAACUGCAUUGACUGUUUAGACCGCACAAAUGUAGCCCAAUAUGCUUAUGGUUUAGAAGCAUUGGGUCGUCAGCUCCAGGCGAUGCAAAUGUCAGUUGAGUCAAAAGUGGAUCCAGAUAGUAGCAUUGCUACAGCGCUCAUGGACAUGUACUGGAGUAUGGGUGAUGCUCUUGCACAGCAAUAUGGUGGUUCUGCUGCUCACAAUACAGUGUUUCCAGAUAAGCAGGGGAAAUGGAAGGCUACAACUCAAUCGCGGGAGUUUCUGAAGUCUAUUAAGAGAUAUUACAGCAAUGCUUAUACUGAUGGAGAAAAGCAGGAUGCAAUAAAUCUAUUCUUGGGUUACUUCAGACCAAAAGAAGGAAAGCCUGCUCUUUGGGAGCUGGAUUCUGAUUAUUAUCUUCAUGUUGUAGGUGUUGGAGAUGAUAUCAUCUCAGAUAAGUGCUUCAGCAAUCCUCCAACUGAUGCCAUUCCCUUAGGACAAAAGGCUUCUUUGGAACCUGUGCCUGCUUGUAGAGAAGACUUCUCAAGGAUCAAACUGACCUCUUUUGAUAAACUCAUUGAGAGGACAUGCAGUUUGAUAAAAGAUGUGAGGCUCUGUUGUGAACCAGGUCAAAAGCCUGCUGGUAUUGCAGGAACUUCUGGAGUGGCACCUGAUGCAAUAGAGAUACAACUCAAGAGCCCAAACUGGAUUUUUGGCUUAAGGAAAGAUGAACAAAAUGGUUCUACUCCAAAGGUGGCCUCAAGCACAAACACAAAUGGUGUCUCAGAAAAUGACAGCAUGUCUAAUGGUAUCUGUGAUCUCAAUAUGCUUUCUCAAGUAGAUGAUUGCAAUGAAGAGAGUAUCUUCCAAAGGUAUCUUGCGAUGUCAUCUAUGGAUGAAAACAAUGGCUGGUAUGGUGGAACUUUGCUUGGUGAUCUUGAUGAAAACAGCGAUAUAUACAAGCACUAUGCCCAGCUCUGUGAGGGUCCUGGCAUGGAACCCUUUGAAAAUGAUCUGGAGAUGGAGCAGCAUUAUGCUGAUGUCUUACAUGGAAGCAUGAUUGAGAAUGUUGAUGUUGCUGCCAUCGAAGCUGAAAUGGAGGCUGCCUUAAGGGAGUAUGACCAAGUUGCUGCUGAUCUUGGCAUUUCCGCUAUGUGUAGAUCUCUGGCUGGAGACCCUAGCCAAUUAACAAGAUGGAUAAUUGGAGAAGAAAAAUUGUACAGAAUCUGAAGAUUGAAGAGGCGUCAGUUUUUUUUGAAGAUGACGGGAUUUUGUUCCAUUUUUCUUCUCCUUGUAAAUAUCAAUAUUGUAUUUUAUUUUAUUUUUUUCAUCUCAAAGAUCUUUAGUGACUUCAGUCGGUCACUGAAUGAAAAUUGGAAAGUGUAGGUAAUUUUUUUUUUUUUGGGAAGUAAUUAAGCUGUAUAGUUCUGUCAUUGUAGUAACUGAGUUGAUAAUUUGUAAUUGUAAUCAAAAGGCAUAUUUUGAUCUCUAUUUUUUUACCUCA